AUGUCUGCACGUUCUCAAUGUGGGAAACAUUUUGAAAAUGAAUCAUACCUUUAUAUGCAGAAGGAAAUUCAUAAGGAUGAAAGGUCAUUUCCAUGUUCAGAAUGUGAGAAAACUUUUAUUACAAAAGUAGAUCUUGUUGAACAUCAGAGAAUUCACACAGGAGAUAAGUCAUUUCCAUGUCCAGAAUGUGGGAAGAGAUUUAAGCUUAAGAAACAUAUUGUGAUACAUAUGGAAACUCACACAGGAGAGAAGCCAAAUUGCUGUUCAAAAUGUGGAAAACUAUUUUCUAAAAAAUCACAUCUUGUUCAACAUCUCAGAAUCCACACAGGAGAUAAGCCAUUUUCAUGUGCAGAAUGUGGGAAGUGUUUUAGUCGCAAAUCAAAUCUUAAUGUACAUCUGAGAACUCACACAGGAGAGAAACCAUUUUUAUGUCCUGAAUGUGGGAGACGGUUUACUAUGAAAUCACAUAUUGAUAUACAUCUGAGAACUCACACAGGAGAGAAGCCAUAUUCAUGUCCUAAAUGUGAGAAGUGUUUUAGUGAGAAAUCACAUCUUGUUAAACAUCAAAGAAGUCACACAGGAGAAAGGCCAUUUUCAUGUCCUGAAUGUGAGAAGUGUUUUACUAUGAAAUCAAAUCUUAUUGAACAUCAGAAAACUCACACAGGAGAGAAGCCAUAUUCAUGUCCUGAAUGUGGGAAAUGUUUUUAUGUGAAAUCACAUCUUAAUCGACAUCAGAGAACUCACACAGGAGAGAAGCAAUAUUCAUGUCCUGAAUGUGGAAAAUGUUUUAAUCAGAAAUCACAUCUUGAUAAACAUCAGAUAACUCACACAGGAGAGAAACCAUUUCCAUGUCCUGAAUGUGGAAAAUGUUUUUAUUAUAAAUCAAAUCUUGAUCAACAUCAGAGAAUUCACACAGGUGAAAAGCCAUAUUCCUGUUCUGAAUGUGAUAAGUGUUUUAUUGAGAAAUCAAAUCUGGUUCAACAUCUCAGAAUCCACACAGGAGAGAAGCCAUUUUCAUGUGCAGAAUGUGGGAAGUAUUUUAGUCACAAAUCACAUCUUAAUGUACAUCUGAGAAGUCACACAGGAGAGAAACCAUUUUCAUGUCCUGAAUGUGGGAAACGGUUUACUAUGAAAUCACAUAUUGAUAUACAUCUGAGAACUCACACAGGAGAGAAG